AUGGAUUUGUCUGUCCAUUAGGCAACGUUUAUCUCAUCUUUGUUCUACCAAUUUAUGCACGUCUCAUUAAUCUUUCUUCUACAAAUACCCCAUCUUCACUCUCCAAUUGCAAUUUGCAGCGAACAGUUUCUCGUCCGGAAAUCUAGAAAAUGAGCUGGUGGUGGGCCGGAGCUAUUGGCGCUGCCAAGAAAAAAUUGGAGGAAGAUGAUGCGCCACCCAAGUACCAGAGCGUGGCUCUGAUCGUCGGCGUCACCGGAAUCGUUGGCAACAGCCUCGCCGAGAUCCUCCCUCUGGCCGACACCCCCGGCGGCCCAUGGAAAGUCUACGGCGUCGCUCGGCGCCCCAGGCCAUCCUGGAACGCCGAUCACCCCAUCGAGUAUAUCCAGUGCGACAUUUUGAACUCCGAAGACGCCCAAUCCAAGCUCUCCGUUCUCACCGACGUCACGCACGUUUUCUACGUCACCUGGACCAAUCGAACCAGAGAAGACCAAAACUGUGAAGCCAAUGGUAAAAUGCUGAGAAACGUGGUGAACGCGAUAAUCCCCAGUUGCCCGAAUUUGCAGCACAUCUGCUUGCAAACCGGCCGGAAACACUACAUAGGUCCCUGGGAAUCGUAUCUGAAAUUCGCCCACGACCCGCCUUACAGCGAAGAUUUGCCUCGAUUGAAAGUACCCAAUUUUUACUACACUCUGGAGGAUAUCCUGCUCGAAGAGGUGGGGAAGAAGGAGGGAUUGACAUGGUCAGUUCACCGGCCGGGGACGAUCCACGGCUUCUCUCCGUUCAGCAUGAUGAACUUAGUCGGAAGUCUGUGUGUGUACGCGACAAUAUGUAAACAUGAGGGUGUCCCAUUGAGGUUUCCCGGCGUUAAAGCCGCCUGGGACGGCUACUCAGAUUGCUCCGAUGCAGAUUUGGUGGCGGAGCACCAGAUAUGGGCAGCCGUGGAUCCUUACGCCAAGAAUGAAGCAUUCAACAUCAGCAAUGGAGAUGUGUUCAAGUGGAAGCAUUUCUGGAAGGUGUUGGCUGAGCAGUUUGGAGUGGAAGCUGCAGAGUUUGAGGAAGGGAAGAGCUUUAGUCUGGAGGAGGCAAUGAAGGAGAAAGGGCGAGUUUGGGACGAGAUCGUGAGGGAGAAAGGCUUGGCUCCAAUGAAGCUGGAGGAGGUUGGGAAUUGGUGGUUUGUAGAUUUGGAGCUCGGGGGAGAUUGCCCUCUGGACACCAUGAACAAGAGCAAGGAGCAUGGGUUUUUGGGAUUCAGAAACUCCAAGAAUGCAUUCGUUUCCUGGAUUGAUAAGGUGAAGGCUUACAAGAUUGUUCCCUAGUUUAGUCAGGUUGGUUUUUGGUUAAAUUAUCAUUACAUUUGUGUUAAGAGAACAUGCUUCCUAUGUUGUACUGUUGAAAGGAAGCCAGUGAAUGAUACUAGGAGGAGCCAUAUCAUCUGUGUGUGUGUGUAUGGGCUUCUGCUUCUGUUGUAUUCUAUUGAUUUCUGUAUCAAUGUUAUUUGGAAAUUCUUAGUUCAAGACCAAAA